CGUCGCUUCUUGGAGGAAGCAAGCGGCGGCGGCGACUGGGCGGAAAGAGGACGGAAAGAAAGGAAGAGAGGAAGUAGCCAGGGAAGAAGCAAAAUGAAGCCGGCGCUGGGGGAGCCCGCGAGAGCGUGGCCGACGGGGGAGCAGGGCGCAGUGAGCUGCUUCUUUCCCGCACCACGGGUGUGAUCAGCUUUUUCUGCACGACCCCCAGGAAAUAAGCAGGUCUCGCCUGGGCGGAAAAGGAAGAGAAAAGAAUCCAAGUGAGCGCGUUGCCUCUUCUCUCACCGUUGCCCCCUCGAAACUCAGGCUGUUUCUCAGCCCAGCCUCCCCGCGGGACCGGACGCAGUGCCGGAGCCGCCCUGCAGAUGGGGCGGGCAGGGAGCGGGCACCCUAGCCGCGGGUGACAGGUGCUGGCCUGCCCGCCUGCCCGGCUCGGCGCAGGGAGCGGGCGGGCAGAGAAUGCCCGGCAGAGGAAUCUGGGAGCGGGCUCUGAGAUUGCCGAGGGCUUGCUAGGCUCCAACUUGGAUGGCGCGGAGACCGCUCCGGCUUCUGGGACCGCUACGCCGCGUCGAGUGAGCUGCGCGCGGGACCUGGGGGCGGAGACCUUAGGCGGCGGCUGCAGCGGGGCAAGCUGGGCGCAGGAGGGGGCGCGCUUUCUCCCUGCGGGUCUCAGUAAUGAGGAGACUGAGUUUGUGGUGGCUGCUGAGCAGGGUCUGUCUGCUGCUGCCGCCGCCCUGCGCACUGGUGCUGGCCGGGGUGCCUGGCUCCUCCUCGCACCCGCAGCCCUGCCAGAUCCUCAAGCGCAUCGGGCACGCGGUGAGGGUGGGCGCGGUGCACUUGCAGCCCUGGACCACGGCCCCCAGCUCGACCAGCCGAGUUCCAGACGGCAACCCGGCAGGGACCCAGCGGGAUGAGCCGGAGCCGGGGACUUGGCGGCCCCCGGCGCCUUCUCCCGGCGCACGCUGGCUGGGGAGCGCCCUGCAUGGCCGGGGGCCCCCUGGCGCUCGGAAGCCCGAGGAGGGCUCAGGAACCGAGACCCUGUGGCCACGGGACGCUCUCCUUUUUGCCGUGGACAACUUGAACCGCGUCGGAGGACUGCUGCCCUACAAUCUGUCUUUGGAAGUAGUGAUGGCCAUCGAGGCGGGCCUGGGCGAUCUGCCACUGCUGCCCUUCUCCUCCCCUAGCUCGCCGUGGAGCAGUGACCCUUUCUCCUUUCUGCAGAGCGUGUGUCACACUGUGGUGGUGCAAGGGGUAUCGGCGCUGCUCGCCUUUCCUCAGAGUCAAGGCGAGAUGAUGGAGCUCGACUUGGUCAGCUCGGUCCUGCACAUUCCAGUGAUCAGCAUCGUGCGCUAUGAGUUUCCGCGGGAGAGUCAGAAUCCCCUUCACCUACAACUGAGUUUAGAAAAUUCAUUAAGUUCUGAUGCUGAUGUCACUGUCUCAAUCCUGACCAUGAACAACUGGUACAAUUUUAGCUUGUUGCUGUGCCAGGAAGACUGGAACAUCACAGACUUUCUCCUCCUCACCCAGAGUAACUCCAAGUUCCACCUCGGGUCUGUCAUCAACAUCACCGCCAACCUCUCCUCCAGUGAGGACCUCUUGAGCUUCCUACAGGUCCAGCUUGAGAGCAUUAAGAACAGUACAUCCACCAUGGUGAUGUUUGGCUGUAGCAUGGAAAGCAUCCGGCGGAUUUUUGAAAUUACCACCCAGUUUGGGGUAACACCCCCUGAGCUUCGUUGGGUGCUAGGAGAUUCCCAGAAUGUCGAGGAACUGAGGACAGAAGGCCUGCCCUUAGGGCUCAUUGCUCAUGGAAAAACAACACAGUCUGUCUUUGAGUACUAUGUGCAAGAUGCCAUGGAACUGGUUGCGAGAGCUGUCGCCACAGCCACCAUGAUCCAGCCAGAACUUGCUCUCAUUCCCAGCACGAUGAACUGCAUGGAUGUGGAAGCUACAAACCUCACUUCAGGACAAUAUUUAUCAAGGUUUCUAGCCAACACCACUUUCAGAGGGCUCAGUGGUUCCAUCAGAGUAAAAGGCUCCACUAUCAUCAGCUCAGAAAACAACUUUUUCAUCUGGAAUCUGCAACAUGACCCCAUGGGAAAUCCAAUGUGGACCCGCUUGGGCAGCUGGCAGGAUGGGAAGAUUGUCAUGGACUAUGGUAUAUGGCCAGAGCAGGCCCAAAGGCACAAAACCCACUUCCAGCACCCAAGUAAGCUACAUUUGAGAGUGGUUACCCUGAUUGAGCAUCCCUUUGUCUUCACACGAGAAGUCGAUGAUGAAGGCUUGUGUCCUGCUGGCCAACUCUGUCUAGACCCCAUGACUAAUGAUUCUUCCAUAUUGGACAGCCUUUUUAGUAGCCUCCACAGCACUAAUGAUACAGUUCCCAUCCAAUUCAAGAAGUGUUGCUAUGGAUACUGCAUUGAUCUGCUAGAAAAGCUAGCAGAAGACAUGAACUUUGACUUUGACCUCUAUAUUGUUGGGGAUGGAAAGUAUGGAGCCUGGAAAAAUGGGCAUUGGACUGGGCUAGUGGGUGAUCUCCUGAGUGGGACAGCCCACAUGGCAGUCACUUCCUUCAGCAUCAAUACUGCACGAAGCCAGGUGAUAGAUUUCACCAGUCCUUUUUUCUCUACCAGCUUGGGCAUCUUAGUGAGGACCCGAGACACAGCAGCUCCCAUUGGAGCCUUCAUGUGGCCACUCCACUGGACAAUGUGGCUGGGGAUUUUUGUGGCUCUGCAUAUCACUGCCAUCUUCCUCACUCUGUAUGAAUGGAAGAGCCCCUUUGGUAUGACUCCCAAGGGGCGAAAUAGAAGCAAAGUCUUCUCCUUCUCUUCAGCCUUGAAUGUCUGUUAUGCCCUUUUGUUUGGUAGAACAUCAGCCAUCAAACCCCCAAAAUGCUGGACAGGAAGGUUUCUAAUGAACCUUUGGGCCAUUUUCUGUAUGUUUUGCCUUUCUACAUACACGGCUAACUUGGCUGCUGUCAUGGUGGGUGAGAAGAUCUAUGAAGAGCUUUCUGGAAUACAUGACCCCAAGCUACAUCAUCCCUCCCAAGGCUUCCGCUUUGGAACUGUCCGGGAAAGCAGUGCUGAAGAUUAUGUGAGGCAAAGUUUCCCAGAGAUGCAUGAAUAUAUGAGAAGGUACAAUGUACCAGCCACCACUGAUGGAGUAGAGUAUCUAAAGCAUGAUCCAGAGAAAUUAGACGCCUUCAUCAUGGACAAAGCCCUUCUGGAUUAUGAAGUGUCAAUAGAUGCUGACUGCAAACUUCUCACCGUGGGGAAGCCGUUUGCCAUAGAAGGAUAUGGCAUUGGCCUCCCACCCAACUCUCUACUCACCUCCAAUAUAUCCGAGCUAAUCAGUCAAUACAAGUCACAUGGGUUUAUGGAUGUGCUACAUGACAAGUGGUAUAAGGUGGUUCCUUGUGGCAAGAGAAGUUUUGCUGUCACUGAGACUUUGCAAAUGGGCAUCAAGCACUUCUCUGGACUCUUCGUGAUGCUGUGCAUCGGGUUUGGUCUGUCCAUCUUGACAACCAUUGGUGAGCACAUAGUAUACAGGCUGCUGCUACCACGAAUCAAGAACAAGUCCCGGCUGCAAUACUGGCUCCACACCAGCCAGAGAUUACACAGAGCACUAAACACAUCAUUUGUAGAAGAAAAGCAGCAGUGUUUCAAGACUAAACGUGUGGAAAAGAGGUCCAACGUGGGACCCCGUCAGCUCACCGUGUGGAACACGUCCAACCUGAGUCAUGACAGCCAGUGCAAAUACACCUUCAGUGAUGAGGGAGGGCAGAACCAGCUGGGCAUCCGGAUGCACCAGGACAUCCCUCUCCCUCCCAGAAGAGAGCUCCCUGCCUCGCUGACCACCAAUGGGAAAGCGGACUCGCUCGGCGGAGCUCGGAACUCAGUGAUGCAGGAGCUCUCGGAGCUGGAGAAGCAGAUCCAGGUGAUCCGGCAGGAGCUGCAGCUGGCUGUGAGCAGGAAAACAGAGCUGGAGGAGUUUCAAAGGACAAAUCGGACUUGUGAGUCCUAGGUGGUCCUGCUGCUCCCCUUCCCCAGUUCCCAGCCCUCCUCUGAGCCCUUGAGACACUUUGUAAUGCUCUUUUGUAACCACAGACCAAGGUGUGGGGAAGUUGAGGUCCAGGUCUUCUUGCAGAUCAAGUCAGCGCUCCCUCGCCUGAAAAAGCAGCAGCAGCAGCUUUUCCCAAGCUCACUCCCUAGGUCUCCAGGGUAGGGGUCUUCUCUUCAUAGCAGCCGUCUUAGGGGUAAGCCCCGUGUAAAGUCUGUGAAUAACCAAACAAGCCCAGCUCCUGUUAACCUUUCCACCAGGUGCCACAGUAAUAUUUCUGGUUUUUAGCCCUUUCUCUGCACUAGCAACAAGAAGACAGAAAAUUGUUCCUCA